AACGGAGUGGUGCACAGGGAUUUAAAACUGGAAAACGUGCUGCUGGAUGAAAACUGUAAUAUCAAGAUUGCUGACUUUGGUCUGUCCAACCUUUACCACAAAGACGAGCUCCUUCAGACGUUCUGUGGCAGCCCUCUGUACGCCUCACCAGAGAUCGUCAACGGCAGGCCCUACCAUGGUCCAGAGGUAGACAGUUGGGCCCUGGGAGUUCUUCUCUACACCCUGGUCUAUGGGACCAUGCCCUUCGAUGGGGAAGACCACAAUAAACUCAUCCGCCAGAUCACCAACGGAGAGUACAGGGAACCUACACAGUCCUCAGAUGCUCGUGGUCUGAUCCGCUGGAUGUUGAUGGUUAAUCCGGAGCGUCGAGCCACGGUGGAAGACAUCGCCAACCACUGGUGGGUCAAUUGGGGCUGGAAGACCACUGUGUGUGACUGUGACAUCCAGAAGGACAACAGUGGCUGCAUCUCUUCUCCAACGCUAGCACGCUUUAUCGACUGGCAGAACCGCACCACAGAGUCACCCAGGGUGGCGCUGGUCAAGCCUCCCCGCUCGGAACACCCCGCCGUACCCCCCCAUGCUGGCCGCCAGCGCCUGAGGAAGUCCAGGAAGGAGAAUGAUAGCGGAGCGCUCCACCAUCACACCGCGUGGGAAGACAAAGACAAACCAGGACUGAAGAGACCCAAGGGGAUCCUGAAGAUGCAUGUGUCUGAGCAGAGGUCCCACAGCCUGGGG